AUGAUCGAUAUUGACGAACAAACCUCCAAACCUCCGCUCGCUUUCCAGCUCCAUGGUGAUGUAUGCAUUGUUCGACCUACCUUUUGUUCAAAUUUCACCGCAGCGUCCCAGGUCGCAAUCGUUACUGGGGCUGGUUCCCGAAUGUCAGGUGAAAUAGGAAAUGGACGCGCCACGGCCAUUCUCCUCGCGCGACAAGGCGCCAAGGUCGCCCUCCUUGACUCCAAUCCAGAAUGGGCAGAGGAAACGAAACGAAUGAUCACAGCAGAAGGCGGCAUAUCGGAAGUGGUCGAAUGCGACGUGACGAAUGAGGAAUCGUGUAAAGCUGCCGUAGCUCGCACGGUGGCUCUUUUCGGAGCCGUACAUAUAUUGGUAAAUAUUGUGGGUGUUGACGUUGGGGGCCCGGCGCGUGGAACUGUCGUGGAUGUCGAUUUGGAGGCUUGGGACAGGGACUUCAGAACCAACGUCACCAGCAUGGUGCUCAUGUCUCGUUAUGCUAUUCCUGAGAUGCGAAAGGUCGGACGCGGCUCGAUUGUGAAUCUGUCUUCCGUAUCUGGCUUGAAGGGUGGACAUCCUGGAGUUCUUUAUCCCACAUCCAAGGGUGCCAUCAUCCAGCUGACGCGUGCUAUGGCUGCACACCAUGGACCCGAACUGAUUCGUGUUAACUGCGUCGCCCCGGGUAUGGUCUUCACGCCUAUGGUUCGUGAAAUGGGAAUGACCGAAGAGCUCCGGAAGGCACGCAUCAAUCAAAAUCUCAUGAAAAUUGAAGGAAACGCCUGGGAUGUAGGUUAUGCCAUUCUUUAUUUGGCUAGCAGAGAAGCGAAGUGGAUUACAGGAAUAGUUUUACCAGUGGAUGCGGGUACGACGGCAGGGACACCGAAUCGUCCUGCACUGGAGGAGGAUAAGCCAGUGAAAGCUGCAGAAGGAAAGUAG